UAUAACAAUCCUUUCUUUGAAAAAAUACAUUUACAGAGAAAAGAUUAUACAGCAUUAACAAAAUUCCUGCCACCCAAAUAUGAAUAUGUUCUAGCUGUUAGGAUGACCCCUCUCCAGUGUAAACUGUAUCAGUUCUACUUGGAUCGUUUAACAGGUGUCGGCAGCAGCACAGAAGGUGGGAGGGGGAAGGCUGGAGCUAAACUCUUCCAGGAUUUCCAGAUGUUAAGCAGGAUUUGGACUCAUCCUUGGUGCUUGCAGCUUGACUAUAUUAGCAAAGAAAAUAAGGGCUAUUUUGAUGAAGACAGCCUCGAUGAGUUCAUAGCAUCCGAUUCCGAGGAAACGUCAGUCAGCUUAAGCUCUGAGGAAUAUACUACGAAGAAAAAAACCAAGGGGAAGAAAUCAAAGAAAGACAGCAGCUCCGGGGAAAGCAGCAGUGAUAAUGAUGUUGAAGUGAUUAAAGUCUGGAAUUCAAGAUCUCGUGGAGGUGGAGAAGGAAACAUAGAUGAACCAAUAAACAACCCUCCAAGCACUGAAAAGGUGGAAGAAGGUAAAACCACGUCCACUUCCAACCCGGGCAGCCCAGCGCCAGACUGGUACAAAGAUUUUGUCACUGAAGCUGAUGCUGAAAUACUGGAGCAUUCUGGGAAGAUGGUUCUUCUCUUUGAAAUCCUUCGCAUGGCCGAGGAGCUGGGAAAUAAAGUUUCCAGACCAGAGAAGGUGGUCAGUACUCGUGCCGCCGUCAAUCGUAUCCAGGCCAUCCAGGCCAUAGAACCGGCACCGCCAUCAGAGUAG